CAGUGGGUCCAUUCUCACCGCGUUUGUUCCUUCAAUGUUGUCAGAGGGCCGGUGUCCUAGCAGAUAUUGGUAUAAUAGCCCAAGCACUUCAAAUGGUGAGGUUUGUCUUGUUUAGCGCGGCCACUUCUUAAUUCUACUGUCAAGGAGAGUUCUACAAAAGAGGAACCAACACGAGUAAGCUAAUGUGCUAAGAUUGUAACUGGAAGUAUCAAGUUUGUGUACACGGGUAAUUUUGCAGAUUUAAUCCAACAAGAGGCGCUAGUUAGCUAACAUAGCCAGCUAAAUACUUCAUUUUGUUGUUACCGAGGCGGAGUUGCUUUUCAUAGCGAGCAACAUGCCGGAAUAUCUGGAGGACCCGUCUGUUCUCACCAAAGAUAAACUCAAGAGCGAGCUUUUGGCCAACAAUGUUGCUCUCCCAACCGGAGACCAGCGAAAGGACGUUUAUGUGCGUCUGUAUCUGAAAAACUUGACCGUGCAGAACAACAAGAUCCUAUCUACAGACGCCUUCUCCAGCGACGAGGAGUUGCUUGUCCCGGUAGUGUCAAACAAAAGUCGCUCGGGCAGGAAAGCCACGAGGAAAACGGACAAGCCUCGGCCAGAGGACCUGGAUGUGACUGAGCUGACCAGUGAGGGCCUGAAGGAUGAGUUGCUCAAAUAUGGAAUCAACGUAGGACCCAUCGUGGCCUCAACCCGUAAGCUGUAUGAGAGAAGGCUCCAGAAGCUGUUGGACCAGGGUCCUCCUGAGACCGUGGCUUUACCGGUGGUCAUCACUCAGGUAGACAGCAACCACAACGGCAACUCUGACUCAGACCGCUACAGCGACAAGGAAGAAGAGGUGACUACAGAACCAGAGCCUGUCCCAGUCCCCAUGGUGGAGAGACCUGUCAGAAGCAGAGGGAAGACCCCAGUCACCACCAGGACCCGCAGCAGCCAGCACAACCGGAUCUAUGCUCCGGAGGAGGAGGAUGAUGAUGAUGAUCUUGAGGAAGAGCAUCCUGUGUUGAACAUAAAGAGACCAUUGAGGAGAUCAUCUCAUAGAGUCGACCAGAUGGUCCCUGCAAGCGAUGAUACUGAUGUCUCUGAGCUAUCAGCUGGUGAGGGAGUUCUUCACCCUCCAAGAGAGGCAAAUACCAAGGAACCUCUGCUUCUGGAAGUCCUUAAGGAACCUAAGCCUAUAUUGGCAGAGAAGCCAAGCUCUAAGUCCACUCCCUUACUGCAUGGCCUAGCCCAUGCCCAGUCCACUAGGACUAUCCAUCAGGUUGUCCUAACAGCCAGGGCCGAGUCUCCAUCACCCAGACUGACUCAGCUGUGCUGUGAGGAGGAUGGUGGUCUUCCUCUCACUCUGACUACGAAAGCUCCCAGUAGUGAGCUAAACACCCUACUCAAUACAGCUCUUUUAGAGGAUCCUGCACCAAGUAUCCAUGCUCCAGUAGGACAGAGCAUAAGACCCCUGAAACAAUGGCCUCUGGGGGUACCACAGGAAGUCCGCCCGCUCCAAGUAGCCAACUCUUCCCCACUACCUCGUUUGUCUGGAAAUGACCCCUUGGCCUCCUUCACCGUCAGGCCUGUAAGCUACGUCUCACACACCCCCUCAUCUCCAUCCCUGAAAGAACAACUGGAAUCCCUAUCAUCUCUCUCUGCCAAGUUUGACAUGCUGUCCAAUCGCUUUACUCGGCAGGAUCAGCGUAAGUCUAAAAAUGACCUCGAACCUAAGUGGAAACAGCAGAAAAACACCCCCUUCCUCUCCUCUGUGACCCCAGUGAGGGGGCAGGACCGUGUCUCCUCGAGUAUCUCUAAGGAGCCAUGGGUGGAGAAGAUAGCAGCUGGUGAGCAGACACCCAACAGGGUGGAUGAGAAGGAUAUCCUGAAGGAGAUGUUCCCCUACGAGACCAACACUCCAACAGGAAUCAACGCCACCUGUCGACGGCCCAUCCGAGGGGCAGCCGGCAGGCCCCUAAAGUCUGGUGACCUGUGGACAGAUGAGACCCUCCUGCGCUCCUCUCACUCUUCCUACACAGAGAGCCGCACCGCCACCGUCCACAGAGUCCCCACCCUGCCCCCCUCUACCAGGCUGUUAACGUCAGUGGCACCCCCUGCUGGAAAGGCCAUAGCACCACCCCAUGGCCUGCCUGUCUGGCUGAAGCUGCUGCUCCUCGGCAUUGUAGCUGGCUUCAUAUUCUUCAUCUACCAGACCAUGGAGACCAACGCUAUGGCCCCCUUCGGAGGGUCCUCAGAUUCCAUGCAGACCAGUGGCAGUGAGGUCCGCAAGUGAAGCCUGGAAGACAGUGCUCUGGCAGCAUAAUGUUACUGCCACCACUUUCAUCGUUCCUCGCUUCCUUGGCAUUUUAGUUUUUUUCCCCCGGUUUUCGUCACUCAUAAUUGGUUAAAUGGUCUGGUACGGGAGCCUAAUCUGUAUCGACGCCUCCUGAAGACGGCAAUGUCCAAAAUGAUAUAUUGAACGUUGAAGAUGACCACCACUUCUCAUUCUAAAAUGACAAUACUGUCUUCUGUUUGUUUCAGUCCGUCCUUUCCCCAUCUGUGAGGCUGAGAGAAAGCCAGUCGCACCAAUGAUCUCCAGAUAACGUACAUACACCGAAACAGUGGCUUCCAAAUUAUGUGAACUUGCCUUAUAUGGUCUAUGUUUUAGUUUUACAUCUCUGCAUGGUGUAAUCGUAUGAUUGCAUUUGCCGGAGUCUGUGAAAGAGAAUUGCCUGUGUCUGUGUUUAACACGGUUUGCUUUUGUAAUGCUGUCACCAUAAUCUAAUGCAGUUAUUAGCAAAAAAAAACAGUCAGGCAAAGACUGAAGGAAUUUCAACCAAUUGUAUUCAGAUAUUUCUUGAUCGAACCAUGUAUACAGCGGGUAUGUGUGUGAGACUGGGAUUAAUAACUCAUGCACACACAGCUCUUAUGUCUUUUUUUUUUAUUGAAAAUGUCUGUGGAGCCUAAUUAGUCAUGUAUGUAUUCAUUGUAAUAAAUAAUGUAAUAUCCUCUCAAUAAAACUGUAAUAUGUAAGGA